AUGGAGAACUUGAGUAACUUCUUCAAGCAAAAGGCCACCGAACAGCAUCACCGAGCAGAGGUCAUGAUCGCAGGAGAGCAGCUCAGGCUUCGUCUUCAUGAUGGAAAGCUUAUAAAAGAUCGCCGUUAUCACCUCCGCACCUACCCGAAUUGCUUCGUGGCCAAGGAGCUCAUUGACUGGUUGAUUGACCACAAAGAAGCCCCUGACCGUCAGACAGGGAUACGGCUGAUGCAGAAGCUCAUGGACCAUGACAUUCUUCAUCACGUGUGUGACGAACAUCCAGACUACAAGGACGCUAAGCUACUCUAUCGCUUCCGCAAGGAUGAUGGGACCUUCCUGCUCAACAAGGAAGUCAAGGUGUUCCUGAGAGGACAAAGCCUCUACGAGACGCUGAUCAGCAUGGACAAUUCCAUCCUCAAAGCCAGAGAAGAAAACCUGGUUAAAUACCAGAGGAGCUUUUUGGCGUGUGAGAUGGUUGACUGGCUGGUGGAGGAAGGGGAGGUUGCCAACCGGAAGGAAGCUACGGAACUCUGCCAAACCCUCCUUGAACACGGGAUCAUCCAGCAAGUCUCCGCUCAGUGCCAUUUUUAUGACCGGGAUCUCCUCUACCAGUUCCGUAUCAAUUUCCGCCGGAGGAGGCGACUCACAGAACUGCUGAGUGAAAGUUUGCACAGGACACUUUCGGACAGCCCGGACAGCCCCUUCUGCCUCCGCAAGCUCAACCCCGAGCAAAACCCCUCCAGUUUCUUGUCAGUCCAAACUAAUAAGGAAAUAAAAAUUGUUUCGGCUGUCCGGAGAAGCAGUGUGACUUCUCUGGCGGGAGGAUCCAGUCUCUAUUACAACCUCUCCCCCAACCUGGGACUGUUGCCUGCUGUUGAAUGCAAUCCUAAAUCUGUCUUGAAGAAACCCGUCACCAAUGAAGAGCUUUUGACACCUGGAGCACCUUAUAUCAAGAAAACACUGACAAUUGUAGGGGAUGCAGUCGGCUGGGGUUUUGUGGUCCGUGGAGGUCAGCCAUGCCACAUCCAAGCUGUAGAUCCAGGAGGACCAGCUGCUGCUGCUGGCAUGAAGGUCUGCCAAUUUGUCUACUCAGUAAAUGGACUGUACGUCUUACAUUUGGAUUAUCAGACUGUGAGCAACCUCAUUGUGACAGGACCUCGGACGCUUGUGCUCGAAGUUAUGGAAGAAGAUGAAUGA